UUUUGUAGUAACGUUUUAUGAAAUAAUAAUAUGAAAUUUCACAUGUUCAUGAACCAACGGGCUACCCGCAGAUUUCUGUAUGAAUCACAGGUUUAUAGGUUAUGUUCCAUUCAUUUUGGAGGACGUAAUCGCAGGCAGUGCUGAGGAUUUACAAGAUGUUCACCGACGAUUUCGAACAGGGUUUUGAGUUCAACAACUAUGAUGAAUAUGGGGCUCACACUGGAGAUCCAAACCUGGACAAUGAAUACAAUAAACAACAGCUAAAGAUGCCAGAAAUUGUGAAAAAUUUCCUAGUAUAUUUCCGUAAUUGUGUUAAUGAAGGAUUAAUUUUUGAGCUUCAAACAUUGUAUGAAACAUCAUGGCCCAAGUUAACUGAAGAUUAUUUUGAGAAGAGACCAUGGCCAGAAGAAUCCGAAGUAGCAGCUUUGGUCGACAGUGAUCCUGUUUUCAUGAUUCUCUAUAAAGAACUAUAUUUUCGUCAUAUCUACGCUCGAAUUCAAGGUGGACCAACGCUCGAACAGCGAUUUAAUUCAUUUUACAACUACUGCGAUUUGUUUAACUACAUUUUGAGUGCAGAUGUCCCAGUUCCGUUGGAGCUUCCUGAUUUGUGGUUGUGGGAACUGAUAGAUGAAUUUGUUUACCAGUUUCAAUCCUUCGCACAAUAUAGGGCACGCCUUCAAAAGAAAACUGCCCAAGAAUUAGAAACGUUGAACUCCAAUAACAAAGUAUGGAACGUGCUUUGCGUUUUGAAUGUACUACAUUCAUUGGUCGACAAAAGUAACAUCAAGCAGCAGUUGGAAGUAUGUGCAAGUGGUGGAGAUCCUGACUCAGUUGCUGGAGAGUUUGGCAGCCACUCACUUUAUAAGAUGUUGGGUUACUUCUCGUUGAUUGGACUUUUGAGACUUCAUUCUCUACUUGGAGAUUACUAUCAAUCAAUUAAAGUUUUGGAAAAUAUCGAGAUUCAUAAAAAAUCGCAGUACGCCCACAUUCCGGCUUGUUUGAUCUCUACUUCCUAUUAUGUAGGUUUUGGUUACAUGAUGAUGAGAAGAUAUUCUGAUGCUAUACGCACUUUUUCAUCAAUUCUGUUGUAUAUUCAACGUACUAAACAACUUUUUGCUUCUAAGAGUUAUCAGCAUGAUCAGAUAAAUAAACAGACUGAUCAGAUGUAUCACUUACUGGCGAUCUGUUUAGUUCUUCAUCCUCAGUGCAUUGAUGAAUCAAUUCAACAAACUUUAAGAGAAAAAAGCUACCAUGAAAAGAUGUACAAGAUGCAGUAUGGAGAUCUUCAAGAAUUUGAAAACUGCUUUAUUUUUGCUUGUCCAAAAUUCUUGUCACCGUGCCCCCCUCCUGUCGAUUCUAUACCAGAUGAUUACUCAAAGGAAGCGAUUCGCCAUCAAACACAAGUUUUUAUGGACGAAGUACAGCAACAAAAAAUGUUGCCAACUAUUAGAAGUUACUUAAAAUUGUAUACCACUUUGCCCAUUGCUAAGCUAGCUACUUUUAUGGCCCAAAAUAAGAACAAUGAUGGCAAAUUUGAUGUCAAUAAAGAGACACAAAGUUUGUUGAUCCACUUGUUAUGCUUCAAACAUAAAAUGAAGAAUGUCGUUUGGUCAAAAGGAUCUUCUGGUUUGGAAGGAAAACUGGAAAGUGGCUCAGAGCUGGACUUCUACAUUGACAACGACAUGAUUCAUAUCGCCGAUACAAAGGUUGCACAUAGAUACGGCGAUUUCUUUAUAAGAAAAAUUUUGAAGUUUGAAGAUUUAAAUCGAAAACUUCAUAACUUGAAGUUAAAGUGAAACGCCAAUAAGAAAACAUGAGAUUGAGUAUUCAUGAGUGACCCUACAUCAGGAUAUAUGUACUUCAUUUAGCAAAAGCACACUUCAAUGGACAGUGUUAAACGUAUCUAUCAAAAGGAAAAAAAAAAGAUGUUCACACAAAUAUGGAAAUACUUCAGUCCAUGGACGUAGAUUCCCUUAAUGCUUCAGUCCAACCUACCUGGCGAAAAGUUUAUUCCACUUUGCCAAACUGUAUAACUUUUUAGUAUGGAGACAUAAUAAAUAAGACUCAUGGGUAUUACUAUGUA